AGCGUCCUCCCAAUGUCACCCCGCCGGGCGGGCUCGCCGGGGGUGGGUGCGCCGCGGGGUGACCGCCCGCUGCCCGCAGCCCGCCAGGGGAAGGCGCAACCGGAGGGGAGAGGAGGCGCGGCUGCCGCCCGCGGUCCGCGUGUAGCGGCGGCAGCGCCGCCUCGCCUCCCGCCGCCGACCUUUCUCCUCGCGGAGGGCGGCGGGGCCGUGAGGCGGCAGCGCGGUGCCGGCCGUGUGGGCACGGUGAGGGCCCGGUGUGGGCACGGAAAAGACAGAAUAAUCUUUGCAACCAAGGAGGACCAUGAGACACCGAGCAGUGCUGAGCUGGUUGCAGAUGACCCAGAUGACCCCUACGAAGAGCAAGGAUUGAUAUUGCCCAAUGGAGAUAUCAAUUGGAAUUGCCCAUGUCUGGGUGGAAUGGCUAGUGGUCCCUGUGGGGAGCAGUUCAAGUCAGCCUUUUCUUGUUUCCACUAUAGCACAGAAGAAAUAAAGGGAUCAGACUGUGUGGACCAGUUCCGUGCCAUGCAGGAAUGCAUGCAGAAAUACCCAGAUCUUUACCCUCAAGAAGAUGAGAAUGAUGAGAAGUCCAGCAAAGAUUUGGAAGCUGCCUCUAUGGAGGCCUCUGCUGCCAAAGAGGAGAAGGCAUCCAGCUAAUGAAGAUGCAAGGAGGCUGUCGUCUCCAUUUCUCAUUUUCAGAGACUUGGACUUCUGCAGUGUGUCUGUCUUCUGAGUAGUGAGGAAAUGUUUCACCAUAUUCUGUGCACUGUAUCAAAAUAAAUAAUUUAUUCCUGAAGGAGAAAUCUCACAGCUUCAGCCUUGCAAAUAAAUACUGCAAAAAGAGUGAGUGUGUGUAUGUACUGUGUAACCUGAUUUUGGACACAGUUAAAACUUUAACAGCUGUUCUUUACCCUGAAGUUUUCCUUGAGUUUUGACUUGAAUAAUGUCUUGAAGUACAUAGCUCUCAACUAAAAUUCCACUGGCACACCAGGUCUGUCUUCAUUUCAGUAUGUUCUGAUCAGUAGCUGCUUUUAAUUUAAUGUAUUCAGUUCUAUUAAUAGAAAUUACAUUAAAUGAUUGUUUUUCCUUUAAGAUUUUUUUUUCCAAAGUGAUGCAAGACAUUGAAAAUGGUCUAGAUCUAGAAUUUCUAAAAUAAUUUCAAUUACUAGAUUAUGCUUGCAUUUCACUACUGGCAUCAGACUAGGACUGCCAGGAAAACGUUGAAAUGCACAUCUUCUUUGAUUUCAUUUACUUACUGUGAUGCCUUUUGCAUUUGUAAAAAUGGUGUGUUGUGCAACUGAAGAUUAAGAUGAAUGAAAAGAAUGUUGGUCACUGGCUUUAUUUUUGCUCUGAAAAUACAGAUUUUGGUUUCCUUUGGUUAUUACCUUCUCCUUCAAUAUAUAGAUGGGCACUUGUAAAAUACUUUGAGAUACAAUAAAUUGUUACCUGGUGUAAUGAUCUCAAAACAGAUACUGUGACUUAAGUGCAUAUUAAAAAGUAAAUACUUUUUACCCUCA